GUUUUUAUAAACAGUUGCGAGAGAUAGAGAGAAGAGAGAGAGAGAGAUUUUUAUUUUUUCGCAGCAAAAUAUUUGGAAUUGGAAGGAAACACUCGUUUUUUUCCCUCUCUCUAGAAAAAACCCUAGCUCAUUCUCUCCCCCGUCUCUCUUUCAAGUUUCCCUCCCUUUUCUAUCUGAUUUUGCCCCAUUCCCAUUCGAUUCGGUGGGUUCCCCUGCUUCCAUGGACUUCAAUUGAACUGACCGGUCCCGGACUUGGAAGGAUCUGGAAGGCUAAGCUACAAACCGAGUAACAAUGGCGUCUUCGGACAAGGAUGUCGAAGAGCAGCUUCUGGAAGCUGGCAAUAAGAUUGUAGACCCACCUAGUUCAGUUGAAGAACUUCUUCCUCUUCUCGACAAAAUUGAGAGUUUGCUGGCAAGGGUUGAACAAUCCCCUUCAAAAUCAAUGCAAAAUGCUCUCACUCCAUCACUGAAAGCACUGGUUUCUGAUCCGCUUCUAAGGCAUUCAGAUAUUCAUGUCAAAGUUGCAGUUGCUGCAUGCAUUAGUGAAAUAACAAGGAUCACUGCACCCGAUGCCCCUUACAAUGAUGAGCAAAUGAAGGAGGUAUUUCAUCUCAUAGUAUCAUCCUUUGAAAACCUCUCUGAUAAGUCGAGCCGGUCAUAUGCAAAGAGGGCAUCCAUUCUUGAAACUGUUGCAAAGGUCAGAUCAUGUGUAGUCAUGCUGGAUUUGGAAUGUGAUGGAUUGAUCAUUGAAAUGUUCCAACAUUUCCUUAAGACAGUAAGAGAUUAUCACCCAGAGAAUGUAUUUACGUCCAUGGAGACAAUUAUGAGCCUUGUUUUGGAAGAAAGUGAAGAUAUAUCUGUAGAGCUCCUCUCUCCUAUCUUAGAUAGUGUGAAGAAGGACAAUGAGGAAGUUCUGCCCAUUGCUCGGAAGUUGGGGGAGAAAGUUCUUGAUAGCUGUUCUACUAAGCUCAAACCUUAUUUGGUGCAAGCUGUUAAAACCUUGGGAAUUUCUUUUGAUGAUUAUAGUGAUGUUGUUGCUUCCAUAUGCAAAGAGCUUUCUGGCUCUCUUGAAACAAGUAAUCUUCAUGAUGGCGGUGAAAACGUGGUUGCUGAGAGCAAGUUAGCUAGAACGUCCGGCGAUGAGGUUGAAGAGAAACCCACGGAAGUGGCUACACCUGAGAGAGUUGAUACAGCCAUUGAGAAACAUCACGACUCAGUUAAGAGCAACGGGAUUGCACAGGGGGGUGAAGAUGGCUCUGUCACUAAUUUAGAAGACAAGAAGGAAGAACAUGGUGAUGGGGAGUGCAAAGAGGUAAAAUCACCUAAAAGUUCUGAACCUGCCAAUUUGGGCUCUGAGAAGGCUGGCAGUGUGAAGGGGAGACCUGAAAAAAAUUCUAGGAAAAGAGGUAGGAAAUCUAAUCAAUCUCUGAAAUCUACUGAAGUUUCUCAUAUUGAUGCCCAGAAGGCAUCUGAAAACCUGCCAGAACAUGAAAGCCAGGGCGAACAUCCUAGUUCUCCUCGAGGGGGCCAGUCUGCUGAAAAUAUGCCUUCAGAAAACGAGGAAGUUGAGGCCAAGCAUUCUCCACCCAAGGCUAUGGAGAUCGAAUCAACAAAUGUUGCUUCACCUUCACUAAGUGGAAGUGUUCCUGAUGAGUGUAACAAUAAGGCGGGGCCAGCAAAAAAGAAAGGCAACUCAGCUAAACAGGUAGCAUCAUCUGCAGAAGUUUCAAAAAGUUCAUCUGAAGGAAUGAAUGACUCGGAAGUAAAACUCAAUUCGCAUGCUGAAGAAAAGGCUCCUGCUGGGGUUUCUGAUGAUUCUAAGACAGUUGCGGCUGAAGAGGCAGCAGAAAGGGAAAGUGACACUACCAGCGAUUCUGAGGCUAAGAUAUUGAAGCAGUCUGCUAGGAAGGGAGAUGGAGCCAGUAAGAGUACUGUUGGAUCUUCAAAGCAAUCUGAAGCUAAAAAAAGGAAGGGAUUAGGGAAAUCUAUCUCUGGAAAAACCGUGAAAAAAUUGUCAGGCGAUGAUGAUAAAAAGGAAACAGCACCCGUGCCGAAAUCAACCCCAAAAACAACCAAAGAUGAGAAGAUCUUGGACAAGACACCAAAAACAACCAAAGAUGAGAAGAUCUUGGACAAGACGCCAAAAACAACUUCCAAGAGGAAACGAACUCCUAGCAAAGAAAAAGAGUCUGAAACCAAGGAUUCUGAUGAAAAUUUGGUUGGUUCGAAGAUAAAAGUGUGGUGGCCAGAUGAUAGCAAGUUUUAUAAAGGUGUGGUUGAUUCUUUUGAUGCUAAAAAAAAGAAGCACAAGGUUUUGUACACGGAUGGAGAUGAGGAAAUACUAAAUCUUAAAAAUGAAAUAUGGGAAUUUACUCAUGAUGACUCUGAAUCUGAACCGGACGAAGCAGCAGAUCUAGCAGCAUCAGAACCUGCAGUGGAGACACCUCAGAAGAAAAAGGCAAAACAAAAUGCUGGCAACGAGUCUGCUAAGCGAGGAAAGAUGGAUACUUCACCCAAAAAGGGUGGAGCAACUUCGUCUGGCAAAUCCAAGGGUGCAGCUACGAAAUCUGAUCGAAGCGGUGGCCGCAAAGUUGAAAGCAAAUCAAAAGAGAAUCCCCCGAAGGUUGGAAGACCAAGUACAACUGUUUCAGGUAGCAAAUCCAAGGAUCAAACCACUCCUAAAAAUAGUGGCAAGACUGGCAGUGCAGGUCCGAAAACUGCUGGCAAGUUGAGGAACGAUGAUGCUGAAUCACACAAGACUGGCAAAUCGAAGGAUGACGAGACAUCUACACCUGCUGCUUCUGCUAAGUCCAAGCAAGACACACUGAAGACGGGGAAGUCCAAACAAGAGUCUCCAAAGCCUCCUGCAAUUGCAAAGGGCAAGUCUCCCAAAACAGGCGAUAAAUCUAAUAAUAAUUCCAAUCUCUCCACCAAGGUUAAGUUCACAUCUUCAAAAUCAAAAGAAAGUGGGGAUUUGAAGAAUUCAGUUGCUUCAGGGAAAACAGCAGAGAAUUCAAAGGGCAAGUCGCAAAAUUCAUCGAAUGAUCAGGGCAGCGAAUCCAAGUCAGGAAAGAAAAGGAGAAGAGAGGCAAAAGGUUGAUCACCAGCCACCACGCUCAUUCCAUAAAAGCUCGGAGUUGUUCAUUCUCGCCUCGAUCUGCACUACAUAUUUGCAAAUUUCUACAAUGAGUUUUUGGCAAACUUGCUGUGGAUGUGAUCUCAUUGGCAUAUUUUCCAGAUUGUCAUAUAUUCUUAGUUAGGUAGGUUAGCAGCAAUUAUAGGAGUACGAUAGUUCCGUUCCCUUGAUAGUAGUUUGGCGCAAUUCAUGUCAUCUGUGGGAGGUAAUAGUAAGUUAGCUAUGUACUACUUGGCUUUGCUGAAACAAAGAUUGCCUUAUUAGAGAGAAGGAAAAGCCACAGAUUUAGAACAGGGCCUUCUUUUAGGCCUUUCUGUCUUAUCUGCUGUCUUUUACCCCCUUUUAACUCCCUUGGUGAUUUCCUGAGUAAUUGUUAACCUAACUUCUGCUAUUUGAUUAAUGGUUAUAGAGCAUUUGGCUCAUAAGUUUAGGUUUUGUAUAGCUUAUUCAAUCAUGUGGGUUUAUUUCUUUUUUAUUACGGACUUUGUUGAUCCUAUAAAUGACCGUUACGUUUU